UUUCUUUUCUUCACUCAACUCUUAAUAUAUAUAUAUAUAUAUAUUCUCUUCUCUUCUAAGUUCUAACAUUGCAUUAUUCACUUCAAAGUUCAAUUCUUUCUCUGUCGUCGCUCUUUCUUCAACUUCAAGCUUAAUUCCUCAUGUCUUUCAGAGGCCUCAGCCGGCCAAAUGCCACAUCAGGCAUGGGUGUUGCUGAUCACAGCAAAAACACCUUCAUGGAAUUGAAGCAGAAGAAGGUUCAUCGUUAUGUGAUCUUUAAGGUCGAUGAGAAGAAAAGGGAGGUUGUGGUUGAGAAGACUGGUGGCCCGGCUGAGAGCUAUGACGAUUUUGCUGCAUCUUUGCCGGAGAAUGAUUGCAGAUAUGCUGUCUUUGACUAUGAUUUCGUCACUUCUGAGAACUGUCAAAAGAGCAAAAUCUUCUUCAUUGCAUGGUCCCCUUCAACAUCUCGGAUUCGUGCCAAGAUGCUCUAUGCCACUACUAAAGACAGGUUCAGACGUGAGCUAGAUGGUGUCCAUUAUGAAAUCCAGGCUACUGACCCCACAGAAAUGGAUCUUGAAGUGCUGAGAGACCGUGCACAUUGAAAUGUUUAAGCACUUAAAUUCAUUUUCAUAUCAGAAUCUACUAGGUUUUACCUUUAAUGAAUUACCUCUUCAUGCUUUGUCAUCUGCAGAGCCCAUCUUGCCACAGAUAUAUAACUCCUAUCCAAUAAUAUGAAUCUGAAGGCUGAUGGGUUUAAAGCUUUUGGCAGUUAUUGUUGUAAAUCCCAGUGUGCUGGACUUGUAUUGUAUGAGCGUGACUCUAUGGAUCCAGAUAGAUUACUUGGAUGAAAAAGUCCCUUGUUCUAACUUUGGCAAGUAUCUAUAAAAAAUUUCAAAACUUGCAUUUAUCAAUAUUUAA